GCCCGUCCUUCUGCGUCGCAGACGUCGACGCGAGUGCGAGCCGGCAAGAUGGCGGCGGCUGGAGCGGGCCGUCUGAGGCGGGCGGCGUCCGCUCUGCUGCUCCGGAGCCCGCGCCUCCCCGCCCGGGAGCUGUCGGCUCCAGCCCGGCUCUACCACAAGAAGGUCGUGGAUCACUAUGAGAACCCCAGGAACGUGGGCUCCCUUGACAAGACAUCUAAAAAUGUUGGAACCGGAUUGGUGGGUGCACCGGCAUGUGGUGACGUCAUGAAAUUGCAGAUCCAGGUGGACGAGAAGGGGAAGAUUGUGGACGCCAGAUUUAAAACAUUUGGCUGCGGCUCCGCCAUUGCCUCCAGCUCCUUAGCCACGGAGUGGGUGAAGGGGAAGACGGUGGAGGAAGCCUUGACCAUCAAAAACACAGACAUCGCCAAGGAGCUCUGCCUUCCACCCGUGAAACUGCACUGCUCCAUGCUGGCGGAGGACGCCAUCAAGGCCGCCCUGGCUGAUUACAGACUGAAGCAGGAGUCCCGGAAGGAAGAGCCACAGCAGCAGUGAGCGCUGCAGCCGCUCCCGCCUCCACAGACUGCUGCCUGCCGCACUCGCACCACA